CGUUUUCAUGGGGGGUGGUCGCUUUGGCGUUCCAUUGUGCCACGAAUGCUUGGCCUUGACGCUUUUUGGCUUGCCAAAUGAAUUGCCAUAGAAAGUUUUUUUGCCUUUUAUAAAAGGCUAUGUACAAUAAACUUUCCAAGCCAAACCACUCACCAGAAAGUGGAAAUAUAAUAAUCUCGUUCAGGAACAAAGUUCGCCGAAUGCCAAUGGAUAGAAAGUCGAAAGUUUGCGUUUUAUGUGGUGUUUUGAUGACAAGCUUGUUUUAUGUUGCUUACGCAUUACAUGUGAAUUUUGGAGGAUAUUCGCUAACAAGAACGCGUGAUAUUGCGACUACAUUAGAACAGUCUUGUCCUCUGACGAAACCUGUAAAAACAAAAGACGGGGCGAUUUCGUAUCGAAUUGGAAUCAUUUCAGACUUGGACGAAAACUCCAAACAUCCCAAUAAAUUGAAUACAUGGGUUAGUUACUUUAAACGUGGCAAAUUAGUUUUAAAUGCCAAUGGUGGAGCGAAUAAAGUUAGUGUACUAUGGGACGAUAACAAUGUGGAGCUCACAUCUUCGUUAGCGCAAGGCGGACGUGGUAUGGAGCUAUCCGAGCUUGUUUGCUUUGAUGGAAAAAUUUUAAGCCUUGACGAUCGGACUGGAGUAGUCUAUCAAAUUUUCGACCGACAUGUGUCGCCCUGGGUUAUUAUGGCCGACGGCGAUGGCCAAGAGGCGAAAGGUUUCAAAGGGGAGUGGUCCACGGUUAAAGAUGGACAACUUUACAUCGGUGGUCUUGGUAAAGAAUGGACGUCGAAAACUGGCGAGAUUUUGAAUUUCAAUCCACAAUAUGUCAAAAUCGUUGGUCCCAGUGGCGCGAUGACACACGUUAGCUGGGUUGAUAAGUAUAGAAAGUUGUUAAAAACAGCUGGCAUUGAACCACCUGGCUACUUGAUUCACGAGUCGGCCGUUUGGAGUAGUGUUAAUAAAAAAUGGUUUUUCCUACCACGCCGGGCUAGCAAAUUAAAAUACGACGAUAAAGAAGACGAGCGUCAUGGUACAAAUAUGCUUCUGUCGUGCAGCGAAGAUUUUAGUGGCUGCGAUCGCACCCUCAUUGGUCCACUUAAUACGACGCACGGUUUCUCCUCGUUUAAGUUCAUCCCGGGCACUAACGACCAAGAAAUUGUGGCGUUAAAAACGCAAGAAGUGGGCGGGCAGAUUGCGUCGUACAUCAUGGCAUUUGACUUGAGUGGCAGAAUAUUGAUGAGUGAACAGAAAAUUCCUGGUAGCUAUAAAUUUGAAGGAAUCGAGUUUUUAUGAUCAUUGACUGUCCCUUUAAGGCUGUUUACAUGGACUCUACCAGCAUACCCAUAUUCAUGAUGUCAUUAUAUAUGACUUGCUAGCAUCUCAGUCAAUAUGUGAUGCUUAUGUGAACUAAGAAUAUGUAAACUUAAAAUAUAUUUAGGAUUUGGGGCAUCUUGCUUGGUAGGGGGCCUGAGGGUUGAAAGUUCAAUUCCAGCCAGAGGGCCUAAAGUUUCCUCCAUAACCCUCUGUUGGAGUCACCGUAACUCCAUGUAAACAGACCCUAAAUGUGGGGUGUUAUAGCAAGACAAUUUUAAUAUUUUGUAUUAGCCAAACUGUCCUGGGUCUAAUUUACCCUGUGAUCAGAGUUUCCAAAGAGAAUAGAGACUCUGCAGAAUUUGUAUAAUUUCCUAUUUUAACUGGUGUUAGGAUAGGAAACACUCUAUUAAAGCCUGAUUUGACAACGGCAAAAUUCGUCAUGCAAAAUUGUGUCUGCAAAAUAUGGAUGAUUGCACAUGAGUGAUUCUAUUGAAUUUUGUCACUUUAUUUGCUUUCGCAGUGAGUAGAACUGACGUCUUCUCACUGGUGUAGCAAAAUGUAACUUUACUGCGUAUGCACAAAUUCAUUUCACAUUUUGCUGAAAAAAGUGCUUGUGGAAUCAGAUCUAUAGACCAUUAGUGGCGUAGCCAGUCCGACAAUUUAGUCCCGCUAUGCAAAUUCAAAAUAAUUAUCAUUAUUCAUUUCUUUAGAAAUUGAUUGUUUUCACAGUCAACAAACACGAAAAUAUUUGCAUAGCGGGACUAAAUCUUCGGGCUGGCUACGCUACUGUUAGUGCAGUAGAUGGAAUGAGUUAGCUUGCUACAUUAUGCUGGACAAUGCAGUGAGUUGUGACCAUUGAACUAUAAAUAAACUGAAAGGCUAACUGCUAUGAUGAAGGCCUAUGGUUUGAUGAAGCCGAAAUAGUUUUUGUGAGUUAUGAGCAGAAAUACUUGACCCCAAACGUCGGGCUAUAUAUCAAAUUGAAGCUAUUGAAAAUUGCUAUUCGGUGUGGAAAUUUCAAGACUUCAGCGAAAAGAAAAAUAUUUUAAAAAAUACAAAAACAACUGCAAAACGGCAAAUUUUCGGUAAUUAUGUUUGUAGUUUUUCAAUUUGAUAUAUAGCCGAACGUUCAGUGUUGAGUAUUUCCGCUCAUAACUCAGAAAAACUAAAAUACACUGGCUUCAAUUUCCCCCCCCCCCCCGAGUUAGCCUUCCAGUUUAUUUAUAGUUCAAUGGUUGUGACAUGUUAGGUUUACCGGAUGAAUUUGGAACUAUACAAAAACUCGUACAGUUCCACGGAAUUCAAAAUUGUCAAUAUUGUAAUCAUAUAGUCUUUCUCUGUUUUAGUAAUUAUUAUUUAAGCAUACUUUUGCAGUCUAUUAGCCAGGGUAGGGAUAAAACGCUGAAACUGAAUCGCGGAAACGGAAACUGAAAGCGGAAACUGAAAUGGGGAUAAAACGCUGAAAUGGGGGUAAAACGCUGAAAUGGGGAUAAAACAUAGUCUUUCUCUGUUUUAGUAAUUAUUAUUUAAGCAUACUUUUGCAGUCUAUUAGCCAGGGUAGGGAUAAAACGCUGAAACUGAAUCGCGGAAACGGAAACUGAAAGCGGAAACUGAAAUGGGGAUACAACACUGAAAUGGGGAUAAAACGCUGAAAUGGGGGUAAAACGCUGAAUUCAUCUAUUAGCCAGGGUAGGGAUAAAACGCUGAAACUGAAUCGCGGAAACGGAAACUGAAAGCGGAAACUGAAAUGGGGAUAAAACGCUGAAAUGGGGGUAAAACACUGAAAGCGGAAACUGAAAUGGGGAUAAAACGCUGAAAUGGGGGUAAAACGCUGAAAUGGGGAUAAAACGCUGAAAUGGGGAUAAAAUGCUGAAAUGGGGAUAAAAUGCUGAAAUGGGGGUAGAACACUGAAUUCAUCAAUGGGGAUAAAAAUUUAAUCGAAUUCGUUGUUUGCUAGACCAUUGCGAACACAUGUAAUUUGCCUAUAAAACUGAAUAAAUAUAAGAAAGAAGUUCCUGGUAAAAUGACAACCACAAAUUUUCGAAGAACGAAUAUAAUCUGACAGUUUAUCUUUUAUUAAUAAUGUAAUCUACAAUUUUCUCCAUAUAACUUCGAACUCAACUUUUUGUGAUAGCAUACUAUCUUCACACUGCCAUAUGGCUGGUAUUUUGGGUGUAAAACCGGUGUCACAGGAAUUUCCCGGGAAUUGUCAGGACACGUGUCUAAAUCGGAAAAAACGUUUUUCUUCUCCUGC